AUGCCUUCCUACAUCGUUACCUGCAAGGACGACGCGUCCGACGAUCAGGUCAAGUCGUACGUGCCGGCUCGAAAGAAUAUUCUAGAUAGUGCCAAGCAGCACGCCAUUGACCAGGGCGGCAAGAUCACACACGAGUACAGUCUCAUCAAAGGCUUCGCAGUCCAGUACGAUGACGACAAGAUUCAAACGCUUGAGAACCACGAGCACGUCAAGACAGUCGAGCCCGAUGGCGAGAUGAAGACCCAGUAA